CUUCAGCUCAGUUGAUCUGAAAGUUGAUCUAGUUUUCUGGUUUAACGAUGGAAACCAGCACCAGUGUCAGCUUGAUGAUCAUGUAUGAGGACGAGUCGGUGGAUGUUCGUUACGCAAACGGAGCGCAGUUACAGCUGUCACCGUGUGGCUGCGAGUUCAUGCUGGUCAAACCCACGGAGCCCUCCGGACAUCCUGUGCUGCCCCCCGAGAGAGUCCGACAGAGGACCAGAUUCACCAUCAGCUCUUAUAAGGAGAUCAUGGUGGCUGCUUUGGCAUUUAGGAAUGAAUAUGCUAAUCGACCAUAUCUGCCGGAGGAGCUCAUCCCCGCUCACCACAAGAAGCCUUUUGUCAGCAUCGACUCAGACGUUCAGUGGCCUGAUUGGUCUUCAUGUGAUGCUAGGCUUGGAACUGGAGGCGAGACCAUUAUAAGGUCGGAGGAGGGAAGAGCGGAGUUGAUGCUGUCGCCCUCAGGUGAACAGUUCACCGUGGAGUUCACAUGCAGCCUCAGUCAAACCCAAAAUCAGCGCCGAAGCAUGCAGGCUGUCAGCAGAGACUCUGAAAGUCAGCAGCAGCAGCAAGUUAUGAUCUGUCAGACCACCAACAAUGAGACCAAGGAGUUUCAGGGUAGAGGAAGCAGAAGGACUGAGUCGACCAGAGCGAGGUCUUGUUCUCCUCGACUUAUCAGCACUACUCAGCCAAAGCCAGAGGAGAUGCACCAAUCCACCACAGUGGUCCAGCAUCACUCCUGCUGUGCCGUUGACCCCAUCUGGUGUUACCCUCUCUCCUUGGCUCACCACCUCUGGACGGCUCGUCUCUCUAAACCUGAAGAAAUCAGAGCUGAGGGAAACGGCGAUCUCACCCAGGAACACAGGAGAGUAAACACAACAGACAUCUCCAUCACAGAAAGACGGUCUCUUCUUCCUCAGGCGCUGCCUCUCACCUGUCCAUCACCUCACUGGCACAGGUGGAAAGUGAAAGACCCCCUGGCCAAAAAAGAACAUCUAGACCAAGAUCAUCCCACAGAGCUGGUAAAAGUGAUGUGGUGUCAAGGAGUCACUCACCGGAUACUGAGCGGAGUGGUCUCAGUGAUAGAGGUUUCCCCAGGAGAUGGAUCAGUCAUUCGGUCUAACGGUGUCCUUAACACCUAUUUUACCCAUCAUAAACCUGACCUGCUGUCAGGGCAGGUUAAAGAGGUAAAGUACCAUCUGAACAGCCUUCCACCUGAUGUCCCUGGACAGCUGUACUCUGUGCGCUCUGUUGUGAGUCGAGCAAGUAGGAUCCUCACUUGCUACAAUGAGACCAAGCAAUCACUGAAACUCCCUGCUGCACCCAGCUGCUUGCAAGAGGCGAAAGAUUUUUCUGAAUCAGUGAGGAAUGAAGAAAAUCUGUUUAAUCUUUUGUCUGUUGGUGAGUGCGUUCAUGUCACGCAGACAACAGAAAGUCGGUCAGAUCUUGUUGCUGUAGAGCUGGAGAAGAUAAAAAGAUUCAACUUUCUUCUGGAGAACAGCCACCUGCUAAGAAGUGAAAGAGGAUGUGCAAAACUGGAAGGUAGCCCUGCAGAAGAGUCAAAGAGUCAGACUCAAAAACCAAUGAAUGAGGACUGCAUCGCCGAGGCUCUUCAGAAAACAUCCAAAGCCAUACAGGACAUCGACGCUCUCGUAUCUGCAGCCACACUGACUUAAAAACAUCCUGCUUCAAAGAAACAUUUAUGAAGAAGAAGAAACCCCAAUGUAUGAGUGUGGCACCUUAAACAUGUAAAGCUGUAUAUGUGUAGAGACUGAAAUAAAGAUGUUUCUCUGUCGAUACAGGCACAUGCCUUUUUGUUAUAUUUGUAUUUACUACUAUUUGUUGAAGGUUGUAUUUAACCACCAACACACGCUGGCAUGACUCUAACUAUAUUUGUACAGAAAGUGAUUUCCAUGUUGCUAAUUUAUCACCACACAGUCCCUUCCUGUUAUUGCUCAGAGAUAAGCUCUUUCAGUGUUGCAAAAUGGCUUCAACGCCUUGAUGUUUCCUCACUACACCCAUGACUUUGUUAUACUAUACAUAGUGUGACUGUUUGUAAAAGGGUCAGUAUGACAUACAAUAUGAAAUUUUUGGGGGUUGUGAAAUAAUGUAGGUUGCUACUCAAACAAGCUUGGGUAACCACAGCCUCACAGGUGCAAUAUAUUUAUUAGGGCAGUGUUGUAAGCCCAAA